AUGUUAAAAAUUGUUAUUUUAAUAUUUGUUAUAGUAAUUAUAAAUAUAGCUUUGGUAUCUGGUGAAAACUGCCCCUAUCCUUUAAAAUAUAGGGAAAAGGGAGGACUGUAUGUGGAGUCUGAAGAUUUCCAUAAUGUCGACUAUACACAUGGAUAUGUAUAUGCGAGUGGAAGUAAAAACGAAACCAAUUGUCUGUUACCAUGUCCAGGUCCAAUUUAUAAAGAAGAGCACCUAUCCAAGCUAUCCUAUCUUUCAAAAAUAUCGGGUACCAUUUGCUUUGUAUCAUCUGCUAUUAUUUUAAAAGUUUCCUCCCCUAUUUUAAAUAAGCCCCCAUUUAAUAAGCAAACCCUUUCCAAAAUGUUUUUAGCACUUGGUAUUUUUUGUUUUACUUUGACUGAUGUUUUUUAUUUUGCUGUAGGGGAAAAAUUAAUAUGCCCAUCAAAACACAAAUAUGCAAGACAAAGUGACAUUGGCUGUGGUAUAACUGGUGUAUUGUUUCAAUAUGGAAGUUUAAGUGCUAUUUUCUGGUGGUUUUCAUUAGUUUUAGAUUUAUUUCUUAGAUCAAAAAAAAUAGGUUGUAGCGCCAAUAUUGAAAAAUACAAUGCAAUUGCUAUUCAAGUAAUUUCAAUAUUUCUAACCUUUAUACCAUUUGCAAGAUAUGGUUAUGGCUAUUAUGUAUCGGGUAUAACCUGUUGGAUUUUAGAUGAAAUAGACACUAUGUUUUUCUUUUGGAUACCAUACAUUAUUUUUCUAUCUCUAGGAAGUAUUUUUAUAAUAUUUAUUGCCAUCUACAUCUACAGAAUUUCAAAAGAACAAAAAGUGAAUGAAAGAAAAGGUUUGGUUUCAAUUUUAGUAAAGCAAUAUUUGUCGAUAAUAUUUAUAUGGAUUCAAUUCUUGCUAUUAUUGGGAUUUUGUGGUACCAUCAGUUUGAAUAUGGACCAAUACAAUGAAAAGAUGGGCAAGUAUAUUGACUGUUUAAUAGAGAAGUCAGAUAACAGAUUGUGUAAUUUGGAAACCAUCCCAUUCGAAUUAGAAUUUUCCGUAUUGUUCUUUUUAAGAUUUAUUGGUUUCGAAAUUUUAAUAUUAUUUACAAUUUUAGUUCCAAAUCAAACCUUAGAAAUAAUUAGAUCAAACAAAACAAUUAGAAAGAUAUUUAGAAUUAGUAAACAUAGUGAUAAUUUUUACCGAUUUAGAGAUAAUGAACAUGAAUUAAGUGGUAACAUUAAUAGUAAUAAAUUGGUAUUAAAAUAA